AUAUAACCGUAUUUGCGGCAUCUAGUAACUGUAGUACUAAUACAGCAAACGAUCCAUGCGUUCAGUCAAGUAAUGCAUUAAAACCUUGCGGCGCAAGUAUCCCUAAAACUUCUUCUGCCACCACAUCAACUGAAGUAUUUCGCGUUACUAGAGCAAACAUAACAAAUUGCGCUUGUAAUCAAGCAUUCUACAACACUUUGACAUUAUGUGCAGCAUGUUUGACUACUAACACAUUGGACGUUCAUGUGAUAGACUUACCUACAUAUAAAAAUGAUUGUAUUUCUUUUGGUGCUUCAUUUGUGGAAAAUGCUGGUGGGAAUAAUUUUGUUUUAAUCGCAGUAUUUGCAGCUAUCACAGUUAUUGCCGUUUCAGUUGUAGCAGCUCUCGUAACUUGUCAAUUUUGUAGGCGGCGAAAACGACAAAAUCAAGAAGCUGCUUCUAGAAUGAAUGAUACGUUAGUCCCUGAAAGUCAUUAUAGUGGUGCGAAUAUUCCUCCGGGUCAUUAUCCACAUUCAAAUGUUGGUUAUGAUACCCCUUCUUCUGCUCCCCCUCCUCAAUAUUCAACAG